GCGUGUGUCAUCCGAGAUAUCGCAUUAAGGCGUAACUAUUAUUAUAAUAAUAAUUAAUUUGUUUCGAGUUCAGAUUCUGAAUAUUUAUAUCAAACCGUUAAGCAUCUGCGUCACUUUGUGAUUAAAGUGUUGACAUGUUUGGUAAAAAGAAAGAGCCGAGGCGACCCAGGCCAGUUGGCAGUUUAGAACAGUAUGGCAUUUUUGAAGUACCUGAUGUAAAUAUGGAUAAUAUCGGCGAUAACAUAAAUGAUGACGACAAUGAUGAAGACUUAGAAGCUGAGUUAGCUGCUUUGGCUGCCGGCAAUGAUACAGGCUACAAAAGCAGACGCACUGCUGCACGUAAAGCUGCCGCUGAUGUAAAUUUAGAUGGCAUGGUAGCUGAAUGCAUGAAGGAUACAAAUUCUGAUGAAGAACCGUCUGAAGGAGACGAUGAUCCUGCAUUAUUGAAAGAACUACAGAUGCUCUCAGGGAAUGAACCUGUGACUGAAGAGACAGAAGUACCGGAAGUAAAAGAGGAAGAACAAGAAGAAUCCGAGGAACAUGAAUCCAAAGAGGAGAACAAUUCUGCACAAGAAGUAAUCCAAUUAUUGCAAGAAAGACUGAAGACUUACGAGAUGGCUGAACAAAAGGCUAAAAGAGAACAUGAGUCUGGCAAAGCUAGAAGAUAUAACAGAGGUGUAAAAACACUCAAGGAAAUGUUGGCCUCUGCACAAUCAGGUGGAAGCGUAAGUGAAGCUGACAUUCCUCCACCCUUGCCUUCUUCAGCUACUACAGAAUCCACAGUUAAAAAUACAGAAGAAACGCCAACACCGACAACGCCACAACCGACUGAAGUUGACAAACCGUCUGCUGCAUCAGAUGCAGUCUCAAACGAAGAUCAUUCUGAACCAGUGAAGGAUGUUGCAGUUGAUCAAGAAGCUUUGGAUAAAUUAAAAAUGCAGCAACAAAAGUAUAAGAUCGCAGCAGUUGCGUGGAAAAAGGCGGGCAACAAAGAACAAGCACUAGAGUAUGUGAAAACCGUCAAACAAUUCGAUAUAGUUAUUGCUGCGGUAGCUGCAGGUGAUCAGCUUGAUUUAUCGGAUAUGCCGCCUACUCCAAUUUUACCCACUGCUGACGUUGCAGCGGAUACUGCGUUACCAAUGACGGAGACAAAAGAAGAAAGCGAAGUUCAAACUUCCACAGAUGCCACACCUGCAGAAGCUGAUGUAGGUGAAGCAAAACUUGGUCCCGAAAACAUCGAAGGCGCUCUUAAGGAACGUCUCGAAGUAUACAGACGAACGAAAGUAGCUGCUGAAGCGGAGGAUAAUACUUCUAAGGCGCGCAGAUAUGGUAGAAUCUGCAAGCAGUUUGAAGACGCUAUUAAGUUGCAUAUGCGUGGAAAGCCAGUGGCUCUGGAUGAGCUUCCCGUUCCGCCUGGUUUCCCACCUUUAUCAUCUAAUACACAAAGCAACGAUACUGCCGCGCAACCUGCAUCUGAGCCUGCGAAAGAAUCACCUGAAAAGAGCAUUCCAACAAGGCCUGCGCCACCAAAACCACCCGUUCCUCCUCCUAGAGCAGGAAAAGCAAAUCAGAAGAUUACAUCUCGUGCAGAAAAGCAAAUGCUACAAUUGCAGCUACGGCAGCGAGAAUUAAAGCAAGCUGCUCUAAAUGCGAAGAAAGAUGGGAAUAUAGAUUUAGCACGUGACUAUCUGAGACAAGCGAAAGGGAUACAACCUUUAAUUGAAGCCAGCAAAGCCGGCUUGCCGGUUGACAUGAAUUCAAUUCCAUUAUCACCACUUGAAAAAGUAGAACUGAGUACAACUCAGAAAGAUGACAGUUUUAUAUUAGUAUCUGCCGACGAUUUCCUGGAAGGCUCGAGUGGGACGGAUGAUCAAAUUUACGAAAAUCUUGAAACCCAGUUAAUUAAACAAAUUAAGUGGUGCUUGUCUACACGGGAUCACUCAAAAGAAUUGGGAGAUGUCCCUGGAUAUAAUAGAUGGGAACGACUCGCAUUGGGUUAUACACGAGAUUUAGAUAUGCUGAGAGUUCGAAAGCGCGAUUUACUGCCACCACCACAACAUCACUACGAAACUAAAACCUAUCAAAUAGUACAGAGUUGCACAGAUUUAACCGAUAACGAUAUCGAGAUUGCUAUAAUUCGAGGAAUUAAUUAUCCUCGGGAAGCAGACACAUAUGUUAUGUUUGAGUUUCCAUUUCCAUCGGAUAAUCAUCCCGCGGAUAGAACGUCAACGAUCAAGGAUUCUGUCAAUCCCGAAUAUCAGGCUGUGUUUCCACUGAAUGGAAUUAUAAACCGCACUUCUAGGCAGUGUCAGAGAGCGUUCAAACGACAUGCCUUAAAAUGCGACGUUUGGGCAAAAGGAUGCUCGCUGAACCCCAUCUUGUGUUGCACUCACCCAAGAAGUUUCUUCCGAAGUGAUAGUCUGCUUGGUACAGUAAUGGUUAAACUGCAACCUCUGGAAUCUCAAUGUGUUCUACACGAUUCAUUUCCGCUUAUGGACGGCAGAAAAGCAACAGGAGGAAAACUGGAAUUAAAAAUCCGCCUUAGAAAUCCAAUUCUUUUUAAGCAAAUAGAAAAUAUUACAGACAAAUGGUUAACUAUUGAUCAAUAAUUUAAUUUAUCGAUUCAGUUUAAUUUGCUAAUUAGCUACAUCAUGGGGCCUUUAAGAACAACGCAAAUAAAUUGCUAUUUUUCCAUAAUAUAUAUUAUUAAUUAAUUAAUAUGUAUAUAAGAGUAAAUUCAUUGUAAUAUAAGAGAAAUUUCGAGAACAAAUUAUUCAAUGAUAAUUAACGGAAUAUUAUAAGAAGUAUAAUUGAGUAUAUUGUUUCCUCUGUAAUAUUGUGAUGUGGAGUGUCUGCACGCGCUGCUACGUACUGCUACGUGUUAUUAGGUGGCUUUAAAACUUCAAAUUUACCUACGUGAAGAAUGUAUCUCUUCACAGGAGCUUCAUCACGUUCUUAUAUGCGCUCUGUUGUAUUAAUUCCGUUUCCUAAAUCAUGUUUAUCGCGAAAAUAAAGUUUUAUCAUCGA